AUGGAUUCUUCAUAUGAUGACGACUGGUUUCAAAAAUCUUAUUUCGAAUCAUCCUGUGGUGACAAUGACAUCGACAUUCUGUAUCAACGAUACCUUGAGUGUGGUUUGGACCUCAACGACAAGUACUCAACGCCUUCAAAUGGUAUCGACAGUAGUAAGAUAAUUUACUCGUUUGCGUCCAGUCAAAAAACACCCGAUUCAAAAUAUAUCGAACUGUGUAAAUCGCAGCCAAACAGAUAUAAGCGAUGUUCUCUCGAAAUUCUUGAUGUUCUCGAGGCCGUGUGUACGCCACUCGACGAGGAUCACUAUCCCCCGGAACAUAUUUACAUUUCCGGGAGAUCGAAAUGUGGCCAGGCCUUCAAUGAGGAUAUUGUUGUCGUCGAAAUUCUAGAAAACUCCACAAGCAACAUGCCAGGCAGUUCGGUACAUAGAAAAGAGGGAAAAGUUAUGACCGUUGUGGAAAGAAUAAGAUAUGACGAAAUUGAUAAUCCGGUAUUUGUUUGUACUGCAGCCGAAAUGGAUAGAAAGACGAUGUUACCAGCGUGCAAAACUGUUCCAAAGAUACGCAUCAGGAAUUAUCGCGUCAUGAGGGAAAGGAAAAAUGAAGAAAAAUAUUUGAUAGAAACAUACAAUUACAACGAACUCGAAGGUUCUUUGACAUUCAAGAAUUUUUUUAAAAUCACACCGGACAAAAGAGAAAACCUAAGUUUUCUUGUUGCCUUUCUAAGAUGGGACACAGACUGCCAGUACCCUAUAGGCGCAGUCAUAGGAGUAGUCGAUGCUGAUAGUUCGAAUGCCCUACGUUUAGCCGAAAUCCAGCACAUGAUUCCUUCCUUCUAUACAGAAGAAACUGUGCGAGCGGUUGAUCAUGUCUUGCAAAAUGAAGUUGAAAGUGGGCCACCUUCUAAUGUUGACGAUUCAUUCGUGUUUACCAUCGAUAAAAAGCACACAAGAGCAAUGGACGAUGGUUUUAGCAUUGAGGUUAUUGAAAAUGCUGAAGACUCUGAAGAAAUUGUAUACAGAGUGGGUGUUCAUGUGGCUAACGUCUGUAGACUUGUGCAAAAAGAUGGCCCCAUUGAUCUAGAGGCCAAGAAAAGAUGUCAGACAAACUACGCUGGUAUGGGAGCAAGGCCUUGUCACAUGCUACCGGAACCUUUGAGUACAUAUUUUUUAAGUCUUAUACAAGGCGAGCCCCGACAUGUUCUGUCUCUUUAUUUUGAAAUUAACAAAGAUGGGGAGGUACAGAAGUAUCCCGAACCAGGGAGUGUGAAACGAUGUGUGAUCAUUCCAAAAAAGAACCUUUGUUAUGAAGAAGUACAGGAUGUCUUGUUAAGAGGCGAUAGUAUGAAUGUCCCUGGUUUAUCAGAAAAGUUGAAAAAUUUGUUCGGUCUUGCAACAAAACUCAGACUUCAUCGCCUGCAGGAUGCCCAUUAUGCCUUCCCUGGAAAUGCUUUGCUGGGAACAGACGAAGACAAUGAUAUCGCCAUUCACGAAGCUCACUACCUUGUUGAAGAAUUCAUGAUUCUGACCAACAGAGCGAUCGCUCAUAUGUUAAAACGUGUUUAUCCUAACCACAUACCUCUGCGCACUCAUGACUACCCAGACCAUCAGCAUACAUCUAUGUGGUUGGAGGAACAAGGCGGCAUUGCAAAUAUCAUCAUGAGUCUACAAGAUCGUGAUCUACCAAACACUGACGCAACCUUAGAACCUCUUAUUAUUGGAUUUGAAAACGGUAUGAGAAACGGAAAUUGUCGCGUACCGAUUGACCGACGAAUUUGGAAAAAACUUCUUGUUGCUUAUCAGAUAAUGAUAAUAGAGCUGAAAAUUCUUCUGAGAACGGACGACCACCACCCAAAGCAAUGCGUCGCAUUGCAGAAAUGGUAUUUAUUUCAACGCAAAGCGAUAUAUACUCGUUUUCGCUCGCAGAAUGGCAACCAUUUUGGUUUGAGAAUAGGAGCUUAUACGACAGGAACAUCUCCCAUCAGGAAAUACAUAGAUUUGGUCAUUCAAAGGCUACUUCUUGCCUCAAUUGAUAGCUCACCGAAUCCACCAUAUACUCUGAAGGAAAUAGAUGACAUAUGUGUUCGGUCAAACAAGAGAAUGCAAAGAGGAGAUAGAUUUAACCAUCAGUAUCGAGCGUAUGUGCAAGCUGCUCAUCUAAAGGCGUCGAACUCAAUCAAGGUGUCGGCUAUCGUCGUUGGAUUGCCAGGUCAGACGACAGUUGAACUGAUGAUUCUUGGAUACAAUCUCACAGAGGAACCCUUUCAUUUGCGGUUUAACUUGUUAGGCAUGUGUUCCCAGCCGAAGCUACACCCAACUCACGGCAAAAUAAGAAAAGUUGUUGCCAAGUGGAAUAAACGCAUUUACGAUAAAGAUCGUAUUUCUUUUCAUGACAGAAAGGAAAUCGAGAAAUGCUGUUUUACUAUUGAUCCCAAUGGUAAUUCAGUCUUCGUGCGGUACGUGGACUGGGUGUCUGUGUUAAGUGCAUCAAUUGAUGACACAUCGGCCGAUUCUGAGCAGUUACGUGAUGCUUUUAGAAGAAUGGAACCACAAAUUGGUAACAUUAAUGACACUGAAAAUGAUGGGAUUAUUUAUGCUUCUGACGUAUGCUCUGAAGUUAGACGACACGAGUAUAUGCUUAAACAUCUGUGUUCCUUCCAAAGAGCUUUGGAAAUUGGACAGACAUUAACUGUACAAAUUGAAGCUCAACCAAAACAUGGUUCUCUCGUUCCAAAUAUUCAACUGGUAUAUGUCACAGAAACGGUCGCAUUUUGCCUUCCACACGCGGUAGAUCCGAUUGGCUGUCUUUCGAGAUACACAACAAUACCUGCGAAGUUAACCUAUAGGGAUGAAGCGGAUUACGUCCGGAUUUGGACACCGAUACUGGAAAUGGAAGAAGCCACAAACAUCGUACGAAAUGAAAAUUCUCCUCUUGUUAAAAAUGUACCAGUGACAUUUCAUACAAAGAUGUCAGGGACAUUCACUAUGAAUUCAAGAUUUUGUAAAGAAAGGAACAUUGAUUUGGGGUUUUAUGAAGUGUCAGAGGACGAUGAUAACGGAGAGGAAGACGAUGGCGUUGAAAAUGAUGAAGAUGAUGUUGACUUCAGAUCGGUUGUGUGUAGCGAUUUUCUUUGUAUUCGUUUUACUUUGCCUGUUACAAAUCUCUGCAAAACCAAGGAAGCUAGUUCAACAAGCAAACAUGAUGGAAAAACAGACAUCAUGGACAAUACCGACACGAUAGAGACGUACGACUGGGUGGGCCACGGCCGAACAACGAAGAUCAGACGGCUAGGCAAAACGGUCACCGCAAGGUAUGAAAUUGGAUUUAGUCUGCACCAGAGUCCAGAUAUACCCUCUAUUGGAGAAUAUCUAUGUACAUUGGAAUUGCUCACAAAGUCAAAUGUGCACAGGCGAGCAGAAAAAACUAUUAAAAAGCUCUGGGAUGCGACAGAGUUAGCAAAAGCUAUAGCACUUGGAAGACCAAUCCCAAACUUAGAUACGCCCUAUCAUGAUGCCAUCAGGAGGCUUCCAAGAGACGUCAGCGAGCCAACUGUUCACAUUCCAAAGAACAAUACAAUGCAACAAGUGGCAAUUACUGCUGCCUUGAAAUCGUCAUUCAGCUUGAUACAAGGGCCACCCGGUACUGGAAAGACAUUUACCGGUAUCAAACUGAUAUACCUAUUUCACCAACUCAACAAGAUGACAGAAGAAACUGGAGAGAGAAGACAAAUACUAUACUGUGGACCGUCAAACAAAUCGGUUGAUCUCGUCGCAAAAUGGAUGAAAGAAAAGUUCAUGAACUGUCCUAAGGCACCUCACAUGGUGCGGUUCUACAGUCAAACUUACGAAUGUGUGGAUUUCCCCGUCCCAGGUCGAAUAGAAUCAUCCAGACGUUCUCUAAGAAAUGCAAAACCGGACCCUUACUUUAAGGAGAACGAUGUCGCCGUGCAUCAUUUGAUACGAAAAGAGCACGGAUCAUAUGCCGUCGAACUGACAGAUAAAGACCGCAAGUUCAAAAAUCAAAAAUACAGCGUUACAUUCAAUGAUGUCGAGGCGUAUUUCAAAACAUUAAGCAAGGCAACAGUAGAAGAACUAGAACGCUGUGACGUCAUAUUUUGCACAACAGCUAUGGCUGCCAACCCGAAACUGUUGGAAGCGACAAAGGGAAGACUUUAUCAGUGCAUCAUAGACGAAUCCGGGAUGUGUACCGAGCCGGAAACGAUGGUACCCAUCAUAGCUACCGAGGCGAAGCAGGUCGUUCUGAUAGGAGACCACAAACAGCUUCAACCAAUAAUAAUGUCCAGAGCUGCCAAGGAACUUGGACUUGACAUUUCACUGUUUGAGAGAUACGCCAAGCGUAAAAAGCACUUGACGAUGUUGAAACAACAAUACCGCAUGAAUCCCAUGAUUUGUUCCUUUCCAUCUAAACAAUUUUACAACGAGGAGUUGUCGACGGACCAGACAUACACAUCAGGCUGGCUAGUGGAUCGUCCACUAAAACUCUGGAAGAACAACAGUCCCAGAGACCAUAUUCCGAUUGCUUUCCUCCAUGUUGAAGGAACAGAGGCCACUUUAGAGGUUUCCACGGAAGAAGGAAACGAAAAGUCAAAGAGCAACUUAGAAGAAGCAAAACAAGUUGUUAAGAUCUUCACACAUCUCGUAGAACAGGAACUUGUGGACAAGGCAAAUAUACGUAUACUGUCACAAUACAACGCCCAGAGACAACGCAUCAACGAUAAAUUGUUGGGGAAAGGAUAUCGUGACGUCAGAGUGGAUACCGUUGUGGCCAGUCAAGGCGGAGAGAGUGACUACAUCAUUUUAAGUACCGUCCGCUCUAUGCCAAAGGUGUUGAUUGAACAUCGCCCAACUUUUGGUUGGCUUCUACGUCAUCUCGGCUUCAUCACAGAUACACACCAAAUCAAUGUCGCUCUAACGCGGGCAAAAAAGGGACUCAUCAUCAUUGGAAACAAGCAUCUACUUAGAUGCGAUAAGACAUGGGAAAAUUUGCUGAAAUUCUACGAAGAGAAAGGGCGAGUGUUUGACAUAUUUCCACCGCCUUGAACUUGGACAGGGUCUAGUAGAAGCAUUACUUGUACGUGAUAUACUCGGAAGGACCGUUAACAAUAGGCGAAAUAAAUAGAUGAAGUGUAAUAAUAUCGAUAUGAGGCGAUUAAUUGUGAAAAAAAGACACGGGUCUUGAAUUCUGAAUAUGUUGUGAUAAAAAGUACGUGGAAUUUGAGGAUUACAAGCCCAUUCCAACGUCGAGAUGUCACUGGAACUUUUUUGAAAGGUGAAUUUUGGCGUGUUUUGCAAAUAUUUCCUUUUCUGUGACUUUAUCUAAGAAUUGUGUCAAAACAUAAAGAUAUUUUUUUCUUGUACAUAGACUUGAAAAAAGACAUAUCUUACUUUUACCUAAUGCGCAAGUGUUGAAAUGGAACGGUUUCGUGUCAUCACAAUUAUUAUCAAAUGAUUUUUAAUCCUUGUUUUGAUAUUUAAAGUGUAUGCAGUCUUCCUGGAGUGUUUCUCUUGGAACCUGAUACGUAAUUACAAUUUUUAAUCAAGUGAAGAAACAGCUAUCUAGACGGUAACCUAAUAGAUGAUUUCUAAUUCCUUCAGCGACAAUCAUCAACUGGAUACAGUUCUGGAUUUCUUGUUAUGAUUUGAAUUUGACGUCACGUCAAGAUUGUUAAAACAUACUCUUACAGCAGAAGACAAAAUAUACGAUUUUAAAGCAUUACAUUCAGGUGUUAUAGAUGUUAUAAGUUCAGAACAUUUUGUUAGGGUUGUCCUAUACGUGGUUCUAUACAGUUUCCAUUCGAGUGUCCAGUGGGGCAGAAAUAUGCUUUGACACUGCUGAAUUAAGAUGUCCACGCUUCCACACGUGGGAAAUGCUUCUACUGUACAUUGGAAAGCAGACGUGGAAAAUAAAGGCGUGCUAACCUGGAUGUUAAUCACCUUUGCACCUGUGAUAAACAUUGUAACAUACCGAGGUUGUUUUUCGUUGAAUUAUUCAGGAUAGUUUGCUAGAUAUCACAAACAUUUUGCUGUUUGUUGUAUGUACUGUAAUGUAUUAUAUGAAUCAGUAGCUUUCUGUCAUAUUUUAUACAGCAUUUAGAUGUUUAUGUUAAUAUAUGUUUUAUUUUUUCACGUUUUUUUACUCGAAUAUUGUUUUUUUCGUGACAUUGUGUAUUUGUUAAUGCUUCAUCUUUCGCUAAGACAAAGGUAUCGUUGCUGAACCGAAUGCUUUAGUUUCGAUGUUUCUCCAGUCGGAACUAGUUUAAGGGUAUUAAAUUUCGCACGACACCGGUAAACAUAAGCAUCAAACACUUUUUAUGCAUUUGUAUUUUUGCGCUAUAUAAUUAUAUAAUAUAAACAGCGAAUAUAUAGCGAAAUCACAUCAAUUGUGAAUGGUUAUCCAUCAUACAGUACAAAGUAUAAAUUUUUGAUACUCGUACUUAUUUGUUUCUUUGUGAUUUGUGUGUGUUCCAUUAACGACGUUACUUAUUAAUGAAUGCUACAUGCGUAUACCAUGAUUAAAUUUGCUUGGUAAACAGGAUAAAUAUGUGAAGUUUUUGCGCGCAUGAUUUCGUUUUUAUUUUUUGUUUUAUAUUUAAAUCAUUUUCCGGGGGUGAUGUCCCUUUCAUGAUAUCCUUAUAUUAGUGUUGAUAUAAGGACGGUUUGCAUUUAUGCUUUGAUUUACGAAUUUUACAACAAUGCAUUGGCUGUUUCAUGUUUAUGAUAGGGUACAGUUUGCAUUACAGUUCAGUUGUGUUUACAUUAUUUGUGUAAUAUAUUACGAAUAUAUAAUUUGUUACAGAUAUUAAACAUAUGGCAUUCCUAUAUCCCCAACCUGAUUCCAGUUGUUCCUAUUACUGGACCUACGACUACGCUGUUCCUAACCUCUACUUCUUUCCCCCCACUCAUAUGAACCAUGUUUCUCUAUAUUCCAUGUUCUAUUUUUUGAGUAAUUUCAGAUUCACAAAAAUGCGCCCAUGCUCCCCAAUCACCUAGUCUCUUUCCCGUGUGUUACUAUCCCUCCGUGCCACGUUCUCCCUACCCGAGCCCCUGUAUCAUCAGACCCUUGUUCCCUUAAACAUGCAGGUAGCUUAUUUUACUUUUCAUGUUUGACAAUAGGCUAUUUUUGGUCAUGAAUAAGUGUUCAUAUUUAACUUCUACCAUACGAUAACAUACUAAGCAUAGACAAUAUGAAGCUGGUGAGGUGCUCUUAUUUUUUGAAGAAUUUGUUUUUCUCUUUAGCAAUGAACAUAUUGCUUAAGAGCUCCAAUUGUUCGAUAAAUAUAUGAUUAUUUUUGAGAUUAUUCAUACGCAUAGAAAAAAACUAUAUUCAGCAUUUAAGCGGAUAUCAUGUAUGAUUAAUGGAUAUUCAGCAUUCAAGUGUACAUCAUGCAUAAUUAACACAUAAAGCAACCAUUUAACUAUAAGCAAAUCAUCUUUUCGUAAGUCACAAGUGACUGUUGCUAUUUAUACUUUCCAUUCAUAUAUGAAUGUCCCUUGAAUUUUGUAGAGAAACGUUUUGAUUGCAAAAUCAGUAAUUUAACAAUUUUUUAUUCUAAAAAAUCAAGGAAAACUUAUAUCAGGUAAAGCAUUCAGAAAUUCAGUUACAUUUUGUACCAAGAACGAAAAUAUAUGUUGAAUCGGGCAACUGACGCUAGCGAGGAGUUCCGAAUGUACAAUAAACGUCAAGCAUAGUGCCUUAACCUAAACAUUGACGUUCUUUGAACGUAUUUCUUCGGACAAAAUUAUAGUUUUACAUAUUUAAUUAUCACAUACGAUUUUUUUCCUCGAUAUUUCCUUCAAAUAAACUUAAAUUCUUCAACCAAAUUUGCUGAUACAGUGUGAUAACACAAUUCAAUGGUAAAAUCGAAGAUGUGUCAAUGGUGGUGGGCCUAUUUGGAUUUAGCUGAAAAUAUAAUCGCAAAGCUACAGUGUAUAAUGCAAGUACUUUGUUUAAGACAACAAUUACAAUGAAGAUUAUAAUAAUUUCAUCUUUUAUUACAGAAUAUCCCCCAAGAUGAGAAAUGUACGAAUGGAUUUUAUUUACAUUAUCGGCCUUUGCUAUUUCAAUUCAAUAUCAAAUAGCAACAUAUAUAAAUGAAGGAGUUACUUCGAUAUGACAUUUGUAUUUAGUAAUAUGUUUUUUAUGUGUUUUUUUUUAAAUUUUUGGUUUGUUUUCUAUUCAUAACGAAACUUACAAAUGGAUAUGAUGCGAUAAGAAAAUUUCAAAUCAAUACAUAUAUUGAAUAUUUGAAUUGAUUGAUAAACAAUGCAUUGAUUGAUAAUAUUGAUAAUUUCAUUUGUAACAGUAAUACUUCCUUUUACAUAAGUUUCAUCACAAAUUGAUCAUCACUCUACUGAUCUUAUCUAUCAUACCCGAUGGUCAGUUCUUGCCUGUCAAAAAAAAUAUAAUAAUAAUGGUCCAAAAGUUUAUACAGACAGAAAAUGAACAACAGUAAUUCAACCGAAUUUUUAUCCUUUAUCUUUUGAUCAGUUAAAGUUAAAGUUCUUUUUCAAUAUUAAAACAUUGUAUGUUCCAUUUGGUACAUGUAAAUGUUUUAAAGUACAGAAUAUGGAUUAAGUCAUGAACAAUCAUGCAUGUGAGUUGCCAUAAUGACGCAGUCAUGUUCCUAAAAUAUUAUAUAUUAAAUACAGAAUUGUAAUUAUUAUCAUGGGAAUGGCAGCUGGAAACAUUUAUUUAUGAGUAAUCGCUGUCUUGAUGAUAAUUUACAUAAUUCCAUCAGAACACAGUGCAUGUACAUACAUUUCAAAACAAGGUUAACAAGUAUAGACGGCCUCAUUUGCAGGUUCCGUUGUGUUUUCACAUUUGUAUCUUUAUAAGACGAAGACUUAAUAAUUUUAAAUUUUACAGAAAUCACGCAAAAAAAAUUUCUGUUGAAAAUAUAUCUUAAAGCUAUUUUCUGUCUGCAAAAGAUUAAAUGCACUCGAAUGUAUUUGAUUGAAGAUUAAAAUGUUGAUUGGAUAUGUGAGUAGAUUGAAUUUUGACUAAAAGUGAUUGAUUGACGAGUUGAAAUGAUGUAAUAAAAAAAAAGAACUUA